UUCCGAAUCGGUCGAUGUGGAAAUGAAGAUCCAUUUUCUUACGAUCUUAGUUGUGGCACUAGCUGCUGUUGAGUUUCCCCAAGCCAAAGCUCAUUCUCAGGACGAUAUGUCCCAUUGUGUCUCGUGUCCAGAUGAAUUCAGGGGCCGGUUGAUCUGCGCCUUCCUCAACGGCUGCCACCUGGAAAUGGAGUACUGCUCCAUGCUGGUUUUCAACUGUGCGCGUUGGCUGCACCGUAGACACAUGUUCCUGGUGAAGAACGAGGGCAAGUGCCAUCCAGUGCGGGGAUACAAAUGCCAGUUUAUGGAAUUCUAAAUUGUUUCGGAGGCUCUCCGCAUUUAUUGGUGUAUGCAAUGAUUACAGCUUAAAGUGAUUAAUCUGAGUGAAUGUGUAAUGGUGUGCUUAUUAAAACUUGACAAUAUGUCCGGUGAAA